CUCUCUCUCUCUCUCUCUCUCUCUCUCUCUCUCUCUCUCUCUCUCUCUCUCUCUCUCUCUCUCUCUCUCUCUCUCUCUCUCUCUCUCUCUCUCUCUCUCUCUCUCUCUCUCUCUCUCUCUCUCUCUCCACAGAACUGAGUGACCCCCGUGCACUGUUGGUUCUCCACAAUGACAUCGUUGUUGUGGACCUACUCUCCCCCAGCUACCCCUGUUUUGAGAACCCCUAUUGAAGGGAUACACACGAGUCACCUGUCACCGGCUGUACACACCUGGCUGACUGCCCUGCUGACCUCAACCCUGCCCUCUACUUAGCUGGGGCCAUGGGAGGGGGCACAGGAAGCAGGGUUUCUCUGAGAAGGAGUGGCCAAUCUCUGGGAGGGAGUGGGACAGCACCUCUUGCCCCUACCCUGAAAUGACCUUGACUGGACAUGUGGAUGGGUCAAUAAAAUUCUGGGAUGCCUCUUCUGUGGGACUCCAGAUUCUUUACAAUUUGAAGACUGCAAACGUAUGGCCUAUUCCAGUUCACUUGAGUCCAUCCCAGCCUCCCCAACUGCAUCCCAGCCACCCCAGUACAUCCCAGCCUCUCCCAGUGCAUCCCAGUUCAUCCCCAGUUCAUCCCCAGCCUCUCCCAGUGCAUCUCAGCCACUCUUGGUGCAUCCCAGCCUCUCCCAGUGCAUUUCAGCCUCUCCCAAUCCAUCCCAGCCUCCCUCAGAGCAUCCCAGCCUCCCUCAGUGCAUCCCAGCCUCCUUCAGUGCAUCCCAGCCUCUUCCAGUCCAUCCCAACCUCUCCCAGUGCAUCUCAACCACUCUUGGUGCAGCCCAGCCUCUCCCAGUCCAUCCCAGCUUCUCCCAGUGCAUCUCAGCCACUCUUGGUGCAUCCCAGCUUCUCCCAGUGCAUCUCAGCCUCUCCCAAUCCAUCCCAGCCUCCCUCAGAGCAUCCCAGCCUCCCUCAGUGCAUCUCAGCCUCCUUCAGUGCAUCCCAGCCUCUUCCAGUGCAUCCCAACCUCUCCCAGUGCAUCCCAGCCUCUCCCAGUGCAUCCCAGCCUCUCCUAGUCCAUCUCAGCCUCUCCCAGUGCAUCUCAGCCUCUCUCUGUGCAUCCCAGCCUCUUCCAGUGCAUCCUAGCAUUUCUCAAUGCAUCCCAGCCACCCUUAGUCCAUCCCACCCUCUCCUAGUGCACCUGUCUCUCCCAGUGCAUCCCAUCCUCUCCCAGUGCAUCCCAGCCUUUCUCAGUCCAUCCUAACCUCUCCCAGUGCAUCACAGCCUCUCCCACUGUAUCCCAGCCUCCCCCAGUGCAUCCCAGUCUCUCCCAGUGCAUCCCAGUCUCUCCCAAUGUAUCCCAGCUUCUCCCAGUCCAUCCCAGCCUCUCCCAGUGCAUUCCAGCUUCCUCCAGUGCAUCCCAGCCUCUCCCAGUGCAUCGCAGCCUCUGCCAGUGGAUCCCAGGCUCUCCCAGUGCAUCUCAGCCUCUCCCAGUACAUCCCAAUCUCUCCCAGUACAUCCCAGCCUCUCAUAGUACAUCCCAGCCUCUCCCAUUGCAUCCCAGCCUCCCCCAGUGUAUCUCAGUCUCUCCCUGUAAAUUAUUAUUGUACAGGGGAGUUUCAAUGGGUAACUAAAGUAAAUUCCCCCUAGCAGUACUGAACGUAAUUGUGCGUUACCUCUCAAUAGAAAACAUUUUAUGCGAGUCUCCCUUCUAAUACUCCGAAAUGGCUCUCGUUUUCUUUCCGCCCCGGUAGUUUUAAGGGGAAGCUUCACUAAAUUGAGUAAAUUAUUCCUGUUUUCUUUCCAACAGUGCCUCGAGGUGCCAGUCAUUUAUGAAGUGUAUGAAAGCAGAAACGGGUCUCCAAAAUAUGAUUUUUGCCCAAGAUCUUCCCUUCAGGUGAGUCUGAUGAUGACGAUGAUACUAUUGCUGCUGCUGCUGCUACUGCUGCUGCUGCUGCUGCUGCUGCUGCUGCUGCUGCUGCUGCUGCUGCUGCUGCUACUACUACUACUACUACUACUACUACUACUGCUGCUACUACUACUACUACUACUACUACUACUACUACUACUACUACUACUAUCUUUGCAGACCUCUUUGGACUAUUUCGUGUCCAUCCAUGUCAGAGCAGGACCGCAAAGAAGACCGGCUGGCUGGCUACCGGGUGAGAGAGAGA